AUGGUUGAUCCAGGAGAGGAUUUCGAGGGAUACAUGGAGGGAAUGGCAAGGGUCGAGUCUGAGCGAGAAUCUACUCGGGACCUUCUGGAACGGCAUGAAGAAUGGCGGCAAACAACCUGGGCUGGAUGGACAGUCCGACAAAUGCAAUCGUUUGUAAGGAAUAUUGAACCUACUGUGUCGAAAAUAGCAUCAACCUUUGGUGACAGCGAUUCGGCAUCUAGUGCAGUCAUGGUAAAUAUGAUACGCUUCGUUGCACUGCUUGUCGUCUUGGUUACAAUCUAUGUUGUUGCACAAGUCGUUCAGAAAUUUGUUGGAAACGAACUCGUGAUUGAAGAGGAAAUCGUAAUUGUACAUGAGUAUGAGACGGAGGAAGAAGCUGCGAAAGCUAGGAAAAAGGAAUUUCGAGGGAAGAAAGAUAAAGGGAAUAAGCGACUCUAA